CGGUGGGGAGCCAGGCGCACAGAGGCCGGUUCGUUUCCGGUGGGCGGGCGGCUCCCCAGCGGUUCUUCCUCUCUUUUCUGGUCCCUUCUGGCCUCGGCGCUGGCCCGGACGCCGGUUGCGGCUCGUCUGUGGCCAGAGAAUGGGGGCGGGCCGGGUUCGGCUCUGCCUCGCGAAGUGACCUUGGCCGAGUUGCCUGAGGCGCCGGCGGCGCCUGUCUGUGGAGGCGUGGCCGGCGAGGAGCGUGCUCCCCGCGCGUGAGGCUGAGGCGCUGACCCGGCACGGGACGCCCUGACCGCCCCGCGUGGCGGGGAGGGGCGAUGCCCCUACACGUGAAAUGGCCGUUCCCCUCGGUGCCGCCGCUGUCCUGGACCCUGGCCAGCAGCCUCGUCAUGGGCCUGGUGGGCACCUACAGCUGCUUCUGGACCAAGUACAUGAACCACCUCACCGUCCACAACAAGGAAGUGCUGUACGAGCUCAUCGAGAACCGGGGCCCCACUACCCCGCUCAUCACCGUCUCCAACCACCAGUCCUGCAUGGACGACCCUCAUCUCUGGGGGAUCCUGAAACUUCGCCACAUCUGGAACCUGAAGUUGAUGCGUUGGUGAGGAGGAAUGGGCCCCACCUGUCUCUGCCCAGAUUUGCCUUCCUCCUGCUCUGCCCAGGAGGCGGCGUCCAGCAGUCCAGGACCCCAGCAGCUGCAGACAUCUGCUUCACCAAGGAGCUGCACUCCCACUUCUUCAGCUUGGGCAAGUGCGUGCCCGUGUGCCGAGGAGACGGUGUCUAUCAGAAGGGGAUGGACUUCAUUUUGGAGAAGCUCAACCAUGGGGACUGGGUGCAUAUCUUUCCUGAAGGGAAAGUGAACAUGAGCUCUGAGUUCCUGCGCUUCAAGUGGGGGGGCUGGCCCAGGAAGCCAGUUCCAGCGAUGGAGGGCAGGGCUCCCAUCAACGCUUCCGUCCAUCCUUGGGCAGGAAUCGGGCGCCUGAUUGCCGAGUGUCAUCUCAACCCCAUCAUUCUUCCACUGUGGCAUGUCGAAGAUUACUGUACUCAUCGGGAAGCCCUUCAGCACCCUGCCCGUGCUCGAGCGGCUCCGGGCAGAGAACAAGUCGGCUGUGAGUGUCCUCCUGGCUCCCCUGUAGCUGUCCUUAGCCGUCACGUGCCCACUCAGUCACCAGGUCUCCUCCACCCAGGUAGAGAUGCGCAAAGCCCUGACUGACUUCAUUCAGGAGGAGUUCCAGUGCCUGAAGGCCCAGGCUGAGCAGCUUCACAACCAUUUGCAUCCCCGGACAUAGGGGGUGAGGAGCCAGCACCACCCCAGCCUGGGAGGGGCCCAGGUCAAGGCUGGGAAGGAGGCAGCACCCCGACCUCAGAGCCAGCCAGCUGGGGCUAUCAGUGCUCCCUUCUGGGUUCUCGCCCUAGGCAGAGCCAGGCUGGGCAGGGUCUGAUGCCCUCAGCUUAGAUGAUUUUUAGACCAAUCUGUAAGCCUUCAUGGGGUCUCUCUUGCUUGGUGAGCUCUCCAGCCCCUGUUGUUAUUCAGUUUUAGAAGGGCCUCAGCUGUUCCAUCCCCUUUGUCAAGAAAGGAGGAAGUAACUUAGGCGCCAGCCUUCUUCCUUCUUUUGUUCAGGGUUCUCUGUGAGGGGCUGGCAUUGGGAGGGAGGGUAGCAGGCAGGUGAGCAGGUGGCCAGGUUGGACCUGUGGGAGGGAGCCCAGGAGGCCUCUUGGCCUGGAUCCUGCCUGCCCGCCUGCCCUUGCUGACCUGGAAGCAGCUCACCACCUCCUCAGGGAUGGCUGCAGAGCAAGUCUUCCUUCUACGCCUGAGCCUCGCGCACAAGAGCGUCAGGCAGGGCCAAACGGCACCUGCAAUGAGAGCCACCUCUGCCUCCAUCCCUCUGCCUCCCCCACAGUACUUGAGCCCUGUGGACCUGGGUUUUCGUGUAGUUUUGGACAAUAAAACGUGUUGUGCUGUUUUA